UGUGUGGUGCAAAUAUUUGGUUCCAUCGGCGACGAGUAGCUAAUAGUUGGUCAAAAUCACAUACGCUCUCAGGCAGCAGCUGCCGUGGAAUUUAUUGGGAUUGCAGAUUUCUUCUUUCUUAUUGGCAAUUAUAAAAACUGGGCUGAGUGACCAAUCAACCAAGAUACCCAUCCGACACCAUUGCAUCUUUAUUCUUUAUCGAGUUCCGCGCCAGUGUCAGUCCACGCAAGAGAUGGAAUGGAAGACCCCAAUCAAUUCCUUUCACUAAACGCCCUUUGACUAAACUUUAGUACGCCGAUUAAUAAAAACUCGCCGUGUCCCCACACCCCCCAGUCAGUGCGUCGAACGAGGCGGAUGAAUGACCAUGUCGACCCAUUGAGUUAACAACGGAGGGGAAGCGAGAAUUGAAGUGUUUCCUACAAAGACCUGCAAACAAACAACAGGCCACUCAAUGCCACACUUGAGACAAAGCAGUGGGGGGAGGGUGAAAGACAUAUGUCAGGAAGGCUAAGAUUUUAAUAAUAAUAAUACUAAUAAUAAUAAAACGGCUGUUGUUCACCAAAGUGUUGAGCCUAUAUUGUAAAAUAUAAUAAUGAAGCCGGUGUGUCACUUUCAUUUCAUGUUCCCUUCCCUCAAAAUUACAACAGUGACGCGCAGCUGAAGCUCAAACCACAUGGUAUUGAUGUCGGAGGCAUCCAUUAAUGCUUCUUCCACUCCCAAACUCAGCAACUCCACCACCCGUAUCUUCUCCGACGUUGCUGGUGACAUUACAAUUGCCGUCCAUGGAGAAUCAUUUCUACUGCACAAGUUUCCGCUUGUGGCUAGAAGUGGGAAGAUUCGAAGAAUGGUGGGCGAUGGUAAGGGCUGUAGUGCUUCGAAAUUCGAGCUCCUUAACUUACCUGGCGGGCCUCAGGCAUUUGAACUUGCCGUGAAAUUCUGCUAUGGAAUGAAUUUUGAAAUCACGACUGCAAACGUGGCUCAUCUGCGCUGCGUUGGAGAAUACCUGGAAAUGACUGAAGAGUAUCGGGAAGAGAAUCUUAUUGCGCGGACAGAAAUGUACCUGAAUGAGAUUGUGAUCCAUAGCCUCGAAAAAUCAGUGCAAGUCCUGGUCACCUGUGAGGGUCUGAGUCCUGUAGCUGAGCAAGUAGGAAUAACCGAUGCAUGUGUGGAGGGCAUUGCCAUGAAUGCUUGCAAGGAGCAACUGGUCUCUGGUCUGUCUAGAUUAGAUUAUGUUGGUGAUUCCCCAGACCUCAAAUGCCCUACUCUGGAGUGGUGGAUUGAAGAUCUCUCGUCCCUACAAAUUGAUUUUUAUGAAAGGGUCAUUUGUGCCAUGGCAAGAAAAGGCAUCCGACCAGACAGCAUUGUAGUAUCUCUCAUGCAUUAUGCUCAGGCAUCAUUAGAGGGCACAUCCAAAUCUCAAUUUUGGAACCCAUCAAGGCCAAAACUAAGUCCUCUUGCGCUGCAAAAUCAUCAAAUUACUAUAGUGGAGACCCUAGUAAGUCUAAUGCCCACAGACAAAAGCUGUAUCAUUCCACUAAGUUUUCUGUUUGGGAUGUUGAGGAUGGCUAUCAUGAUGGACACUAACAUUGCCUGCAGGCUUGAGCUUGAGAGGAGGAUUGCAUUUCGGUUGGAAAUGGUUUCACUUGAUGAUCUCCUCAUACCCUCGACUCGAGUUGGGGAUAUGUUGUUUGACGUAGAUACUGUUCACAGGAUGCUGGUUAAUUUUCUGCAGCGGGUAGAGGAAGAAGAAAAUGAAGACUGUGGAUAUGACUCUGACCAGGACCUUGCUUCUCCAAACCAUGGUUGUUUGCUGAAAGUUGGAAGACUUAUUGACGCAUAUCUAGCUGAAAUUGCCCCGGAUCCAUAUUUGAGCUUGCACAAGUUUGUUGCUAUGAUUGAGAUACUGCCUGAUUAUGCACGAGUUAUCGAUGAUGGGCUCUAUAGAGCAGUUGACAUUUAUUUGAAGGCCCAUCCAAAGCUAACAGAAGAGGAGUGCAAGAGAGUGUGCCAUUUGAUAGACUGCGAGAAGCUAUCCCAAGAAGCAAGCAACCAUGCUGCAAAAAAUGAUCGGCUACCAGUGCAUAUGACGGUGCGAGUUCUCUACUUUGAGCAGCUGCGGUUGAAGAAUUCAAUAUCGGUAAAUGUAGGCGAUGGAUUCAUGUCACAAAGAAUGAGUAGUGGAGUAGGAAGCGCAGCUAUGUCACCAAGAGAUAAUUAUGCUUCUCUAAGGAGAGAAAACAGGGAGUUAAAGCUUGAGAUAUCCCGAAUGCGCGUGAGGCUGAGUGAGUUGGAGAAGGAGCAAUCAUUUAUGAAAGAGGGGAUGAUGUCUAAGAGCGGAAACGGAACAACUUUCCUGACUUCACUGUCCAAAGGGAUUGGAAGGAUUGGAAUUUUUAGCAGCACCCCAGGAGAAGCCAAACGGAGAAAGGCUGCACGGAGGUCGCGGGGUUCUGGAAAAAAGUGCAUUCAAACUCAAAGUGCGAUUGAUUAGGAGGAUUGCCAUGUAUUAUUGGUUUACUCUACUAGUACACGACUCAGGAUCUUAGAGACUUAGAGCAGUAGCGGUUAAGGUGUAGGUACCCCAUCAUCCUUCAUCCUUCAUUUAAUUGAGCUGUAUGUAUAUCAACUAUCAAGUGAGCCAAAGGUGAAUGUUAUCAUUGUGAUUACUACUAUCGACAGUUUGAAAUUCUUAUUCUAUCUAGCAUAGAGUAAUAUAUGAUUCCUUCAA